UGCGCCGCCGUUUCACCCGCGCUACCUUGACAGCCUCUCAUCCCAGAAGCUAGCAGCGCAAAACCGAACAACAGCUGAGUUUGCACGAAGAAUCCCGCAAAUCACCGCAACGUUAAAUUCAACUCCAGCACCGGACACGGACACGCGUGACCGCCGAGAGCCAGAGAAGCAACUGUCAGCCGUGGAAACCGCGGAAACGGCGCAGGGAAGAAACAACAGCGCGUCCAACAACCCCCGGCAAACAAAGAGGUCCCCAUCUUCAACGACAACAUUUUUCCUCCAUAUUCCAUAGUUAUGAGUCAUGUGGCCAUCGAGAAUGCCCACGGCCUGGAGCAGCAGCUUGCUGUCCUCGACUUGAGUGCUGCAGAUGGACAACUUGGAGGCAAUAGCAGUAAGGAGGCAAAAUCAGGAAAUGCCUUCGCCGCUGGUCGACAAGGUGUCUACGCCAUGGCGCCUCCAGCCAACUUCGGUUGGGACGGAGGGCGCAACAACUUUGUUAAUGGCUACCAUGACAACCGCAUGGCCGGGAACACAUUUAAUCGGGGCCCGCCUCGCAUGGAGCGGGGAAGAGGCGGCGGAGGCGGUUACCGUGGUAACAGAGGAGGAGCCUUCAACCCCAUCAUCCCAGCACAGCCAAUGGGAUUUGGUGGCUUCGAAAACAAAGAUGCAGGUGGCUGGAACACAGCCAAGGACGCCUAUAGCAACUUUGGUAACAACCGAGGGAAGUCUGCAUUCUUCAAUGACAGGGGCAACGCUAAUAGAGGGAGGUUCGAGCACGGUGGAUUUGGUGGUGGUGGUGGAGGAGGUGGAGGAAACAGCCGCUGGGUGGAGGAGUCCCUAAAUGAAGGAGAUUGGUCCAAACCAACACCACGUAACGAGCGCCUUGAAAAUGAGCUGUUCGCUGCCAGUAACACAGGCAUUAACUUUGAGAAAUAUGAUGACAUUCCUGUUGAGGCCACAGGGCAGAACUGCCCCCACCACAUUGAGAGCUUCCAAGAUGUGGACAUGGGUGAGAUUAUCAUGAACAACAUCGCUCUGAGUCGCUACACCAGACCGACUCCUGUCCAGAAAUACGCCAUUCCAAUCGUCAAGUCAAAGAGAGAUCUCAUGGCAUGCGCACAGACCGGUUCUGGAAAGACUGCAGCAUUCCUGCUGCCGAUUCUCAGCCAGAUCUACAAUGAGGGACCAGGAGAAACUACGAAUGCAGCUAAAGCCUCUGGACAGGAGAAUGGGAAGUACGGACGUCGUAAGCAGUACCCAAUGUCUCUGGUACUGGCUCCAACCAGAGAGCUGGCUUUGCAGAUAUAUGAUGAAGCCAGGAAGUUUGCCUACAGGUCCAAAGUGCGUCCCUGUGUUGUGUAUGGAGGAGCAGACAUUGGCCAGCAGAUCAGAGACCUGGAGAGAGGCUGCCACCUACUGGUGGCUACACCAGGAAGACUGGUAGACAUGAUGGAGAGGGGCAAGAUCGGACUGGACUACUGCAACUACCUGGUCCUGGAUGAGGCAGAUCGCAUGUUGGACAUGGGAUUCGAACCGCAGAUCAGGCGCAUUGUGGAGCAGGACACCAUGCCACACAAGGGCAUCCGGCAAACCAUGAUGUUCAGUGCUACCUUUCCUAAAGAGAUCCAGAUCCUGGCCAGGGAUUUCCUGGAGGAGUACAUCUUCCUGGCAGUGGGCAGAGUGGGUUCCACCUCAGAGAACAUCACUCAGAAAGUGGUGUGGGUGGAAGAGAGCGAUAAGAGGUCUUUCCUCCUGGACCUGCUCAGUGCUACAGUCAUCCCGAGCGAGGUACAGGACAAUACUGGAGACAACAUAGAGAAACCUGGCAAGGACUCGUUGACUCUGGUUUUUGUGGAGACCAAGAAAGGUGCCGAUGCCUUGGAGGACUUCCUGUAUCGGGAGGGCUACGCCUGCACCAGUAUCCAUGGUGACCGCUCCCAGAGAGACAGAGAAGAGGCCCUGAGCCAGUUCAGAUCAGGAAAAUGCCCCAUUCUGGUUGCCACAGCGGUGGCAGCUCGGGGUCUGGACAUCUCCAACGUGAAGCACGUAAUUAACUUUGAUCUGCCCAGCGACAUAGAGGAGUACGUCCACCGUAUCGGUCGUACAGGAAGAGUCGGAAACCUGGGACUGGCCACAUCGUUCUUCAAUGAUAAGAAUGGGAACAUCACUAAAGACCUGCUGGACAUCCUUGUAGAGGCCAAACAGGAAGUUCCCUCUUGGCUUGAGAGCCUGGCGUAUGAACACCAGCAUAAGAGCACCAACAGAGGACGCUCUAAGAGGUUCGCUGGAGGGUUUGGAGCACGUGAUUAUCGUCAGACGGCCGCUGGAGCAAACGCCGGAGGGUUCGGAGGACGUGGAGGACGCAACCAGGCAGGACAUGGCGCAACCCGAGGCUUUGGAGGAGCUGGAUUUGGAAACUUCUACACCAGUGACGGCUACGGCGGCAGCUACUCGCACUCUCAAGUUGACUGGUGGGGCAACUAGGUUCCUCCUCUCUCCUCCAUCCCUUCUCCUUCACUCAUUCUUCUUUCUUCUUUUCACUCAUCAUCCUCCCUCAUUUCCCCCACACUGUCGUCUGCACUCCGUCUGUCUACAUCCCCUCCAUAAACCCCAAGAAUCCAUGUGCAUGUUAUUGGACUAUUUAUACUCGUUUAUAUAGCCCCCCUUCCAUCUCUAUGCGCUUAAAUCUUUUAAUUCCUCUUCUAUCCAUCUCCACCUUCGUCGUUACAGUUUUCGGUUUGAUUUUUUGAUUUCUUAGUUCCCGAUGACUCUCGCCUCUUACAAUUGGUCACAGUUUAAAAGGAUUCUUCAAUUUUAGCGGGUUUGUUUUUUUUAACACUAGCCACAGGUUUACUUCAAGCUAGCAGCAUCCUUUGUUUUCAGCAAGGACAUUUUAAAGUAUUUUCCCUCUGUGACACGUCUGAAGAGAAAUAACCAGUUAUAAAGUUUUACGUGUUCUUUUAUAUGAUACACACAAGAUUGACAGCGUGUGGACUUCUCCAUAACAGUUGUAGAAGACAGAGGGAUAUUCAUUUAUUUCAGUUUAAGAUUUUAGUUUUGGCUUCAUUAUUUUUGUCUGUAUUCACCCAAAGCCAGCUUCCUGUGUCCCUCCACACGCCAUCUUUGUAUGUAACGCAUGGCCAUGUUGUAAAUCACCGGCCAGGAACUUUUCUAAAACAUAGCGCAGAGAAAGGUGAGGCUGAGGUGUACUUCACUUACAUCACAGAUUCUUAAAAAGGGGUAAAGAAACCGCAAAAAUUUGUUUUUUGUCACCUUUUUAAAACAUUCGUUUCGAGAAUAAUGAGACUGAGGAGACGAGGAGCUGGGACGCUUCCAGUGGUUGUUAAUAUCACAAUGACAAAUAGCAUUUCUUUGUUUAAAGCAAAACAUAAUGGAGAAUCAUUUGUUUCUGUACUGUGCCUUUCAGCAGUUGAACUUUUGUCCCUUAUUUCCAUUGUUUUUAUUGCCAUUAUGCGUUACUGGCCACAAGUAUCGGCCAACUGUGACUGAAAAAAAAAGUGUAUUCAAUGUCAUGUAUGGGUUCAGUCAUGUUUUCUUUAUUUCUAUUUGGAAGGAAACAAACUAGGCUUGAACUAAAUCAAACCUUGGCAAAAAAAAAAAAACUAAAUAAAAACUGUGGUGAGGAACCUCAACACUGUUCCUUAUCUGUCUAUUGAAGUUCAAAUUCAUCUGGAGGUCUCUGAUGAGCUGAUUCCCAACUGCGUAUCACCACUGUCGCCACAUUUCUGUACUUUUUAAACACCCUCAUCCAGAGCCACUAAAAUGGAUUAAACAAAACAUUAAAUUUGGCUUUAUUAGGUAAUAAAUAGAGACAACAGCAGUGGUUUUAUGCCUUUGGGAAACAAAGUCUGACUCAUUGACCUGUAUGUCACAUCUAUAGCUCUGGUUUGAGCUCGAGUUUGAGUUUCUCAAAAUAAUGUCACUAAUUGUUGGGUCACUUAAUGCUCAACAGGGAGUCACUGAGAGAGAGUUAGGUUGUGCUGUGCAGCAGAUGCUUCGAUCUCGCAGUCUUUACCUUCAAAUAUGUGGUUCUAAAAAAAUGUUAUAUUAGAUCUGUCCUGUUGCAGUUCAAGUUUUUAGCAUCGACAAUCUUUUGGCGAUGAAAAAGCAAAACAAAUCUUCCAAGAUUUGAGUCUCUUGCACCACAUCCUACAGUGAUGCCAAAGCAGCGCUGCAACAAUUUGACUUAAAACCACAAUAUGGCUGCUGCUGCUGAAAACAACAGUUACAAAACUUCAUCAGUGACUCUGGAUGUUCAUCUUAGUGCCACCAUGCUCUUGGGAAACUGGCUCCGCUUCCACCACAAACAUUGAAAAACCCUUGUUUGCCAAAAAGCUUCUUUCAAGGGGAAACACAACUAAAAAAACGGCUAUAAUAGUUAAAAAAAAAUUCUUGCUCACUCUAUCCUGGAGAGUUACAUGAAGAGUCUUCUCUAAAAUAAGUAAUUCCAGUUUAUUUGUUAGGUCUUACAGAUCUGUUGAGGUCGGGUAUAAAAGUAGAGAAUCUGUAGCCUAAUCUGUUUCACAGCAGGGAGAUGCUGGGGCUUCUGGGAGAUAUAACCACACGUCUGUAGCACAUUUUAGUCAUUGUGUCGUCAUGUCUUACUGUGCUGUAUUCCACCCAUGUCUACUCGGCUUUAGAUUGCAGGUGCUUCCCUUAUUAUUCUUUGAGUUUUUCUAAUGAAGUCAAAUUAUUCACUGCAAUGUUUCAAAGAUAUCAGCAGACAAACACAGCCCCAAAAUUUCCGACACACAUCGGAGUCAAAUUAUGUUCUUCAUAACCAACCGCUGCACCCGUCACUUUCUAUGUAAGCUGCACACCAGCAGCAUGUUGGCAUUAGCCGUCGCUGAGUGAUGUUAUUUUACCUGCAUCAAAGUGCAACUGUUCAUUCCAGCUACCGCGACGUAACUGCUGCUUCCUUCCUGUGCGUCUGUUAUUGUGAAAUGAUGCAACACUGCUGGUGUGUGCUACACUUUGACAAAUCUCUGAGCCACUCAGCUAUUGUCUAAGGAUGAAUUAUCUGAUUAUUGGGGCUUCUGGUGUAGACGGCGGAUAUCCGGGCCAAGACUCAGACUUCCGUUCGCUGUAUGCUGUUGACAGUCCGAUUAGUUUCUUUGUAUCACACAACAUACAAAGUGCGAUGUGUAGAUGUAUGUCCAGACAAAAUUUUUGGCUAAUCUCUAUUAACAGCUAUCGGCAUCUGAGUGCAAAUACAUUUACAGAACGAUAGUUGAUGCAUUUCGUAGCUCUCCACACAUACUGUUUACAUGCGAGCAACUAAAACCUGCUCCCUCUCCUACAGAUUCUGCAUAUUCACAUGCAGAGUCUGUUUAUAGAGAUUACGCUUUGGCCAGCGCUGUCCCACGUUGUUCCAAAGAAUCCUUGCGUCUGCAUAGCACAGUAAGAUAUAGGACGGAUAAAGUGUGCUAAUCGACAAGUGGCAUAAAAGAACUGAAGAUUUAAGAACCUUGAUAUAAUCUAUGCUUAAUACCUGGUUAGCCCCACUUUGCUCUGCCAUGGAACCAGGCUACAAGUAGCAGUUGACCUGCACCCAUGAUGUCCGUGUUGGGUCCCAGUUUGAACAUAUAAGAGAACCUCCACUGUCAUUUGAAUGAUUCAGUGGUAGAAGCCCAAUCCCCCACUGUGUCUUAUCAGCAGCAGAAUACGCCAAAAUGCACUGUUGCUGCCUGGUGGGGAAAUUUAUUAUUUCUUAUCAGGGUAUUAAUUUGUUUUGUUUACAUCGAUAAUUUUAGUGAAAUAAAGAAAAUCUAGGUUGUGUAUAUAGUUAGGCUCUUUAAAAUAGAAAGAAGAAUCUCCACUGAAAAAGAAUGUGAAUUAAAAGUGAAACAACACUUGAUGUGUAGAAGAUUAUCUUUGAUCACUCGACAUUGGACCAUGCAGUGUCUGACAAACUGAGCUCAGUGGGCAAUUUGAACCAGCUCAGCAGAUUUAUUCUUUACAGUUUUGUACACACACAAUCAGAUUCCCUCAAAUUGCCCACUGGCUUUGACACAUGACAAGGCUGGAUCAAGGCAACAAAACAUGCAAGUGUUGUUGUUUUUUGGUCAAGGAGUUAAAAAUGCCAAACCAAUGAUUAUAAUUCUACAGCAGGCUUUAGUUAUUAUUUUUUUCCCGUCGUCUAUUUUUAUUUAUUUUUUUACACUUCUUGUCAUGCUCGGGUCAGUCGUUGACUCCGUGUCCCUCGAGUACAAGUUGAUAAGGAGGUUCAGCGAAGUAGUUGGCGCGAUUCGAGAAGAGUUUGAGGCUGAGUUGAUGCCAGAGGACUGAGCAGACAGCGGAUCACAUGCAAAAUCUCAUUUGUGUAGAUUUUCCAAAAAGCUUCUAUUUGUAGCAGGAGAGGCAGUUGUGGCAAUCGAGUAAAGACGCAACACGCUCGACCACGUCGACCUUCUGAAUGAGCCGAAAACUGAAAAUGAGUUGGCGUUUUUUUUCUUUCAGUUGCUGUUUAAAUGUGGUUCAACUGUUACUGUAGCGCAUCGUUCUCUCUGUUGUUCUAAUAUCGGCUAAACUACAAUGAAGCGCUGGUUAAAUCGGCGUUGACCAGAACUGUGUUCGAGGUGUCCCAAAAAAUUAUUUCAGCACCUGAUAAACGAUUCUAAACACUUCUCCUGCAGCAAUGGUGGAUAGUCUCCGUCUUAGAUUUCUUACAGCAACUGUUAAAUGAAGGAAGAAGCAGCAGCAGCAGGGAGACCGAAAUUAGUGACUGGACCAUAUGUUGAAGAUAGUAUUGCAGAUGACAAUCACUAAUGAAGGAUUUGCUUAGUUUAGAAUUCACUUUACACGUGGACAGAUCUCUUUUUAAGUUGCACUUUUUCUUGGACACCGGGAAACGUAGAGACUGAAGCUCCUUACACAGUUGAUGAUACACAAUCUUAAUUGUGUUACGUUUCCCAUAAGCGUCUCAAAAUCCCCUCAUUGUUGAUGUUUUUGAGGGGUUUUUUUUGGAGUAGGAACAUUUGGACGCUUUCAGGCACUUGUUACAUAUCAGUGUCUACCUUUAACUAUUGACUGAAUACGACGAGUUUAGCACUUGCAAACUGACACUGUUACAUAGUCCCUGUUUCGAGGGGGAAAUUGUCAGCAUUUGUUACUUGAAUCCGUGGCUUUUUAUGCAGCUGGUGUAGUUCAAUAAAAAUUCCAAGUGUUUAAAAUACCUUCAAGAAGGAAAUGGUGUCAGAGUUAAAAGUUGGAGAAAGAAUCUGGUUCCGUGUAGACAUUGCCGUGCCUUCUAACAGCCACUAGGGGGCAGAUAGGCUAACCGUGGAAUAAUGGCGUGAUUACAGGCUGCAGGGGAGUGACUGGGCAUUUCACAUGCGGUGAUACCGAUGCUAGGACUUUAUGAUUUAAGGCAGGGUCUGAGCAUGUUGUUGACUGCUGGUAGUGUAGAUAGGAAUUUUUAACUUUGGCGAUUUACAGCAGGGAAUUGUGGGAACUUGAGUUUACCUCACUCUUCAUCUUGUGUACAGAGCAAUCUGGUCACGUCGUAGUGUUCGGAGCACGCACAUAAAUAUGCAAUGUAUCCAGUUCUUUUUUUUCUAGGAAGACGGACUAUAAUCGAUCAGCUGUAGUUACUUUUGAACUGAGUUGGAGCAACACUUAAACUACCACUGUGCCCCAAACCCCACCACCCAUUUCGUCAAAACACCCCUCCCCACCCCAGCGAGGCUCUGGGCCUCUAAAGGAAGUGCAAUAGAGAUACAGCUACUCGUGGUUUGCUUUCACUUUGCCGUCUCCAGGAUUUGUUUCCGUCUGUGCUCCGUUUGGAUUCAAAGCACAAACUGGCACAAGUGGAAUCGGCUCAAAUUCUGACGCGAUGUGCACGGUGCCUUGAAAAGACUGGAGCAAGUGGGUUAGGGCUGGGUACUUUGACACAGUAGUGACCUCACCGUGCAUGGAAGUCACCCCAGGUUGGCAAAAUUCACAAGUGCUGAGCAUUAACGGGGUUUAAUCACAAUUAAAACAUAUACAUUAUACAUUGUUUCCAACAGAUUUAGAAAACUUUCAGAAAGGUGAGUAAAGGCCAAGAGAAAUAUAAUUUAGUUGCCGUGUUGUGUUCCAUUUUGGAUUCCUCUCACUUCUGCUGUUUGCUUUUUAGCCACAGAAGUAGCAGAGCUCAAUGGAUGGAAGUUAGUUCAUCCAUCACUGUCUUCCAGACAGAUUUUUUCUUUUUUGCUAAUGAAUCCUAAUGAUCCCUGUAUCAGUUUUGUUAAUUCGAGGCAAGACGUGCUCAGUUUUUUCCCUCUGAAAGAAAACUUAGUAUUUUUUUAAAUCCAGCACUUUAUUUUAUGGUUUUUGAAUAUUUUUCAAAACCUUUUUUGAUGCCUUAAAUUCAAAGCUGAUACCCAGCCCUAAUGGAGCAGAUCGGGAAGUUGGAUACACUUGUAUACAGCAUUAUCACGGCAACAGAUACACUGACACUGUCACCAUGGCACGAUGCGUCGCUGCGGUAACUUAACUUGCCAGCAGGAGUAUUUUGAUGGUCAGUGACCAAUUACUGGUGCUAUGUCCCAUUGCUGCGGCCUGCAGGCCCCUCUGUUGUAGAAUAACUUCAAACCCCCGAUAGGUUUUACAAAAUAUACUUUAGUUCGUUACUUUAGUCCUCUGUAGCACACGUCCUUCAAAACCUCCGAGGGGUAUGUAUGCGUGAGUGAGUGUGAAGUAGAAGGAGAGGUUUCUCAACAAUAAAGUGUGUGUGUGUGUGUGUGUGUGUGCAUGCAUGUGCAUGAGUGUGUGCAUGUGCAUGAGUGUGUGUGUGUGAGUGUGUCGUAUGGAAAGGUUCUUCCACAUAUGAAACAGUUGUUUUCGUUUUUCUUUUGGUUUUUUUCGGGACCAGGUGGAGUUCUAGUUAACAGCAACCGUGGGAUUCAGCUGUUCGCGCGCAGUUCUCGAGUCUACUUUCGCUGCUAGUUUGUGUAAUUUAUCAAGCAUUUCUGAGAAAUAUUUAUUUUUAUAAGCCUAAUACAAAAGUUGAUAUUUUACAAAGUGACUUGACCAAAAGACAGUAAACAAAAACACUGGCACUUGAAUGUUGAAUGUCAUUGGUAUGAGUGAAAAUUUCUAUUUUUCUGGGGUAGUGUGAGCUUUUUAAUGUUAAAGAUGCAACGUGCAGGGAUUUCUCUUUGGAUAUGUCACUGUUACAAGCUUUCUUAUACAAAUCCAAGUCCAAAAGCAACAAUACUGUCACUGGUGCCAAAAGGCUAAACUUCCCAAUAAAAGAGUUCUCUAAAACAGGCCGAUACAAAGGUUUUUACACCAUGUGCACAUCUUUCUUUCUUUUAUUUAUUUUUACAUAGUCCCUACAGCCCAACAUUCACCUUAUAAAACCACAUUUAAAUUUGCAAGAUCUAUAUUUUUAUUUGUAUUUCAACCAAAUUGCACACACUCAUAAAUAUCUCCUAAAUAUGGCAGAUUUUUUUUGUCAUCAAGAUGCAUAAAUUGUUUUGAUUUGAGAAAAUGCGUCGGUGAACUCUUCCUCUCCUUUCCCCUGUACAAUAUGUGAAGAUGUGCACGUGGUGUCUCACGAGCUGAAGCACUGGCCCUUAUUGUGACAGUGAUGUAUCAAGAGAAACGUCCUACACGAGUUACCUUUAAAGUCACAUUGGACUCAGUAUCAGAUCCAUAAAACCUGUUUGUGCGACAGGUUCCAUUGCCAAUAAUGAUAAUCAUCCAUAAACAGCCAUUUUUUAAUUGGCAAACAAAAUUUGAGACAAUACCACCAUGUAUGCCAAGGUUUGGAUAAAAAAUAAAAUAAAAUGAAACAUUACGAUCAAAGACCAUUUUGUAAAAAAAAUGUAAUUUAAAAAAAACAUUCAGUACAAAAAACAAGUGUCCAGAUUCUCUCCAAGUCGGUUGUUUUUUUUCUUUUCAUUUGAGUCUUUACACUUUUCCUUCCCGUUUAAAAAAAACCCUUUGUGGUGAAUGUCUGGCAAGUGGCGACCUUCAAAGUCUUCAUAACACAGAAUUAACUGUGGUUCUAUUGCUAUGUUGUUGUGAUUUGCAUAUUUUCAGGCGUCAGUGUGUGAACUCUGUCACUGGGGAGAUUCUGGCCAAUCAGAAAUGAGGAUCCACUCUGCGGUCCUUUUUCUUUUUUUUUCUUUUGCAACAGGCGGCUGAUCCGUCGUGCAUGAGAAUCUUACCGUAGCUUGUAUUUCUACUGAAGGUCCACUUAGCAGAGACACUCUGUAGUUUCCAUGACUGCAGCAACAACGGACCAGAAUGCAUUGCAGCCAAAGUGAAGCUGUGAUCACGGACAGAUCAACCGCUGGUGAAUAAUCACAUUUUAUAGCGUUUUCUGUGCACAAACUCAGAUAUUUGCGUGAGUAAGGUUAUGGCUCUUCUGCCGUUAUGACAAACGGCACUCUGGGAAACCCGGUACACACGAACACUAUGCGGCUUUAUUUCAUUUUCAGUUUGAUUAUCUUUAGAAAGUGAUCCGACAUUUAAUAAAGGAAAGUGUGUAGACUUAUUUAGGAAUGGUUUCCGCUUAGACACUGAAAUGAAAUGGAGCCUGGUGUUGUGGCCAUUACUGACUGGCCAGAAGCCCCCUCCCCAGUGUGAACACGCAGCAGCACCGGCCUGGUAGUUAGCAUUUGCUUUAUGUAUUAGUUUUAGCAGUUGUGCACGAAGAGGAGCACUGCACGAAGAAAAGAAAACUGUGCAUCUGUUCUGAUUUUACCACAAAUAAAGGUUUGGAUUUGCAAAUGUUA